AUGUUGCUGAAAGAGCCGGGUUUAGCUGCUGUGGUGCUGCUGCUGCUCUGUGUCCAGGGUCUGCAUGGCUCUGCCCUUCUUGCUGUGUCCUCCUAUGAGUUCACUGCCUACAGGAUGCAACAGUACAACUUGUCCCAACAGAAGCACGGUUGCCGAGGAGCCAUUGUGGUAGCGGAGGCACGUGCAGCUGAAGAGCCGGUGCUGACCCGUCGCUGUGUCGUCAUGAAGGUGUCGGACUUUACCACAGAAAGAUACCUGGAGGCCCAGAGACAGAAUGCUGCUGCCGUGCUGAUCCUGCUGCCCAGAAACAUGUCCAGUAUCCCCCAUGACAUUGUUCAGUCCUUCAUGGUGAGUGAGAGUGAGACCUUGCUGACGGAGACACUCAUGCCCGUGUAUGUGGCGCUUGAGGAUGAGCAGCUGCUGUACAUGUAUGAGGAGGUGAAGCAGGCCGCAGCCACCCGGACCUCAUCUAUAGUGAUCCGAGUCCUCCGGAGUAUGAUCACAGCUACAGCCUUUCAGAUCCUAGUGAGCAACACCGCCCCCAUCAAGCCCAUAACUGACACGUCUAUUUCCACACUGGAGGGAGUGCUUCCUGGAGCCGGGGAAGAUGUACCAACGAUUGUGAUCACUGCCCACUAUGAUUCAUAUGGACUGGCCCCGUGGUUGUCUCAUGGAGCGGACUCUAAUGGCAGUGGGGUCACCAUCCUGCUGGAGCUGGCACGGCUCUUCCAGAUACUUUAUAGUAGCUCCAGCACCAGACCCCAAUAUAAUCUAAUGUUCUCCCUGACUGGAGGUGGAAAAUACAACUUUCUCGGCACAAAGAGGUGGAUUGAAGAGAAUCUGGACCACGCAGAGUCCAGCCUGCUCCAUGACAACGUGGCGUUUGUCCUGUGUUUGGACACACUGGCCAACGCUGAUGAGCUGCACAUGCACGUGUCCCGGCCUCCUAAACCAGACACUCCCAUGCACGCUUUCAUGCAACUCCUGGAAGAGGUAGUCUCCUCCAGAUUCCCCUGGGUGAAGCUGGGCUUGGUCCAUAAGAAGAUCAACCUGGUGGAGUCCACAGUGGCCUGGGAGCACGAGCGCUACAGCCUGCGCCGGAUCCCUGGAUUCACUCUGUCUCAUCUGGACGACUCCAAAUCGGAGCAGCGGGGCUCAGUGCUGGACACAAUGUCACAGGUGGAUUUCAGGAAAAUGAAGCGCAAUGGAAUCAUCAUAGCAGAAGCACUGGCUCAGUAUAUGUACAAUCUUUCUGACAAAGGAUCACCCAAGGAUGUGCAGAUUUUCAAAGGGCCACUGGACUUUCAGGACGCUCGUAUGUCCAGUCUGAUGUCCUUCCUGACCUCUGUCCCCCGGGCAACCCAGCUACUGGAUAAGGAGCCCAGUCACGUCUCUCUGGUCAACUCACUGGAGCAUGAGUUUAAACGCUACCUGCAGCAGGUCCACAGACACAACUUCCGACAGGACAGGAGGGACCCUGACAUCACCUUUUUUGAUCAGAUGGACCAACCAAUAGUGAUGUACAGAGUAAAACCUGCAGCGUUUGACCUCUUCCUUGGUGGCUGCAUCGCUGCUUAUCUGGGGAUUGUUUACUUUGCAAUACAGAAUUUUGAAUAUCUCUACAUAAAACUGAAAUCAACGAUGAAAUCAAAGGGCCAGUGAAUCCUGUAGAAAUGACAAUGGCUAUGAAAUCCGAACUGCACAUUUUGGAAACUCUGCUUUUCGGGGUGCGAAGACUCAGAGUGAUCAUGUGCACAACCAUAAACAUGGAUGACAUCACUGCCUCCCGAAGGUGAAUCCAAAGCGUUUCCAUCCCCACCUGGUGGCUGGCUGUGGUGUAGAUCAUAAAUCCCACCUCCAUGUUAGUGGGGCCGAACUAAAAAGAACACGUUAAAUAAAUGCUUCUCAAAUAUGGUGUCUGUCACUUUAGCUGGUUUUUAUCACACUGAUGUAUAAUCAUAUUUCCGGUAAGUUUGGUUAAAAACAAGGUGAAAUGUCAUGACUGGGGGAGGAAGUGGAGAUUUGUGAUCCAUCUUCAUUUACAGUCUGUGUAAAUCCAGAAAAGUCUUUAUUUUCUUUUAAAUGUAUGUUCUUUUAAAGAGGAUUGAUUCAUAAACCCACUGUAAUAUGAUCCAUUUUGUAGGAAUAGUAAUAGAGUUUGUUGUCGGAAGGAGACUGAAACUAAAUAAAUAAAAGACAAA